AUGGACCAUUUUUGGGGUCUGGUCAACGGCCCCGAAAUCUAUGCCACUCUGCGACCUAAAGCGCCGUAUCAGCCGAACAUGAUGGAACGUUUGGGUAUGUAUUUUAUUUCUUUUUGUCUCAGUUUAGAUAUUGCAGCAGGAUUUUCGGAGGAAUACGUUAAUUCAAGGACGAUUAUAUUAUUUUAGAGGUCAUGAAAUUAAAUUAAUGUUUAGUGCAAGUUGAUGUCAAAUUUUAAUUCAAAAAAGUAUUGUGAAGUUCGCUGAGGUCUUUAUGAAGCAAUAAAGAGUUAAAAGACGAUUAACAAGUAAAUUAAAUUAACUUUUUUGACCAAAGGAUUUUUGCUAUCUGAUGUCUAGUGUAAUAUGCUCAUAAAUUGGAAAUUUUCGAAGAUAGGAUUUCGAAAUUUGGAAACCUUCAAGAAGACCUUUUAGGCAACGUAACUUAUUAUUUUGGCUUGUAAUAAAGUUACAAACAAAAUUAUGUUGCUCUUGCGAAAAGCUAAUAAGAUUUAUGAAAUAUGCUUCUAAAACAUGAGACGGACCCAAAAAUUUAUUGAAGCUGAACUCAAAAGAUUCUUUAUGAUUUGUUACAUCAAAACAAACCCAUUUCCAGGCGGAAUGAUGAUCUACACUUCUCAAUUGACCCGUGCCAUUGGAUGGGUCACGUCUCCAUUCUGGCUCUAUUAUCUUAUUUUCCGCAUGGAGAUGACCACUUCCAGAGCCUUGAAUUGGACGCAUUUUAUUGUUACUUUCCACAGUAUUGCUUAUGGAUUGCGAACGGCGGGCCGUUUGUACAACCCGACUUAUCGGCAGUACUUGGCCUAUUAUUGUAAAGCAAAUGAUCGAGCGGUUGGGGAGAAAAUGCUGGAGCAAUAUGACUUUGAGGUGAGAUGAAGACUUUUUUUUGGUUUUUUACAAGUUUAGAUAGAUUUUAAGAGGUUUUGGAAGAUCGAUUAUAUUACACUUGACAAAAUUUGUCAUAAAUAGGGGUUUGGGGAUGUUUUAAGAAAAUUUAUUUUUUAUAUAGACUCUGAAUAGUCCACUCGUGCUAUUGGAGGCCUAUUUUUAUAAAUUUAAAGAAAUUAUUAUAUUACACUAGGUAUCAAAUUAAAAAAAAAUCUAUAAUUCCUGAAUUUUUUAGUUUUUUGUGCUAUUUAUGACGUUCCAAAGACGACUAGAUCCUUUUUACUUUUAGUUUUGUUCUAAUUUUCGCAUUUUUAAAUAACUUUACCUUCAGAUUACUCCAUCAACCCCAGCCGCAUUUCAAGCCGAAAAAUCCCGCGAUUAUUGGUAUCUCGAGAACAAAGUUGAUCUCCCAGGUGUCCCCGACCACCACUUGCACCAUCUCCGUUUAAUUGCCAAGCUUUGUGUUCACACUUUUGGUCGUCGGAUGCUGUAUCCCGGCUCUGUCGGCAUUCUGAAGACCCUGCUGUCCGAAACCAUCCGUCAGAAUCGUCUACAGCUCAUUCUGGACCUCGGCGGAAAGCGAGAGCAGAUCAAAACGGUGGAUGGAAACAUUAUUGAUACCAUGUUAUUCGAUCGGAGGGGACCUUUUCCAGAGGCGCCGCUGAUUAUUUGCAGCGAUGGAAAUGCCGGUUUUUAUGAGACUGGAAUUGCUAGAACCCCAGUGCAGAUGGAUUUUAGUGUCUUGGGAUGGAAUCCGCCAGGUAAAAUACGAUUUUUUUGUUUUUUUUGGAAGUUUAGAUUUUGGAAAAAAGUGAAGUUUGAAAAAAUAAUGGAUUUUACAAGAAGGGAAUUUUAACCAAAAUUUUGACUCUUUUGACUAAAUGUUUCAAAAGAUGCAAAAACUCCAAAAUUUUUUUUGCACUGUGCGAAAGACGUCAAUCUAAAAACUGCACUGUGCAAAAUUUUUUGGCAGCCUUUUUGUUGCACUGUGCUUUUUUGACAAGGACAGUACUUCUAUGGGGUGCAGAGUUAUAGGUCGAGAUAUGUAUCAAAAAAUCGAAAAAUUUUUCGAUUUUUUAUAAAAACGUAUAAAACGUAUAAAACCUAUAAAACGUAUAAAAAUGGCAAAAUAUUUUUUUUGGUUUGUUAGAGCUUGAUCUUGCUCAUCAAAGCCUUAUCACGGCCCUUUGCGAGACCCCGGAAUCGAACCAACCCCCAAAAGAAUACCGAGCGAACGCUUUAUCCACUCGGCUAACCGAACCACUGGACACCGAUCUUCUUUUCCGAGGGAAGAGAAAGAGGAAAUUUUUGUGGAACUUUCGGUCGAUUUUUCUCGUCGGCCGGGCUUAUUCCGCAGCUGGAAAAUGGCUCUUUUUACCAAAGUUUACUUGCUCUACCCACCUGCACUAGUCAUUUUCCCAAACACUGGGGGAAGUUCAGACCAUUCCCUCGUAAGGUAAACCCUGACAUCUUGACAAGCCUUAAAAAAUAAGGCUUCUCAAGAUGCCAGGGUUUACUUUAGCUCCAAACAAAGCUUUUGAAUUGGUAAGAACUUGGUCAAAAAGGCGUUUGUGUGAUGUUGAAAGAAAAGUUCGGAGGAAUUUUUCGCCCUUACAAACCAAAAUUGGGCAGCUAACUUUUACGUAUUCUGAAUCAGAAAAAUUUUGCGAUUUUUUUGAUACAUGUCUCGACCUGUAACUCCAUACCCCAUAUAAGUACUUUCCUUGUCAAAAAUUUUUUAUUUUUACCUCUAAAAUAGUAUAAAAAUUUUCUUCCAGGAUUCGCCGAGAGCACAGGCACUCCGUAUCCGGAUCAAAUCCUCAACGCAAUGGACGCUGUCAUCCAAUUCGCCCUUUCCAAGGGAUUCCAGCUCGAAAAUAUCAUCCUUUUUGGCUGGUCGAUUGGAGGAUUUCCGACCACAUGGGCCGCCGCGAAUUAUCCACAAGUCCGAGGGCUGAUCCUGGAUGCGACAUUCGACGAUGUAAUGCCACUGGCGCUGACUCAUAUGCCUGCUUUCGCCGAAAAUGUUGUAAAAGUCGCGAUCAGAGAGCAGUUCAACUUAAACGUCGCCGUACAGGUAAAUUUGAGAUUUUUUGGAAAUUUUUUUACAUUUAAAAGAUAGAAUGGGGACUUGAGAAAGUUUUAUCAACAAUAUUGGAUUGAUUGCCUUAGGGAAUAUUCGAUUUUUUGACUGUUUUCCAAAAUUACCGAUAGAUCCCUAUAGUGUAAUUUAAAUGAGCUGGUACGGGUAAAAUAUGAAGUUUUUGGAAUCGUCUUUGACUUUAACUAAUAGAAUAGAGUCUGUAGAAAAAUUACAGCUAUUUUUGCACUUGUGGCCUAAGGGUAUAUUGAUGCUUUGACCAUUUUUACAAAAGUUUGUCAAAGUUUUGGACUUUUUUUAUUUUGAAAUUUUUAGCUCGCAAAAUACGCCGGCCCAGUGAGGAUCAUCCGCCGAUACAACGACGAAGUCAUCACCACCUAUCAAGGUCCGGACAGUAUCAGAAUGCGCCGGGAGAAUCGUGGAAAUCAUCUUUUGGCCAAGUUUUUCCAAGGAAGAUUCCCGGAUUUCGUAACGGAUAAUGAGGACUACAAUGCUGUUCUGGAGUAUGUGAACAGCACUCCACAUGAUCAGAGACGUAUGGUUAGAGAUGCGCUGGUGGUAAGUAGAGGGAAUUUGGAAGGGGAGACAAGUUAUACGAAGAAAAGUUUGAGGGUCUAGAUUAUUGGAAUUGGUCUGCUGUUGACUUGUUAUAGGGAGUAGAUUAGAGAUUGAGUGACUGAGAGGUUUGAGUUUAUUUUAGACUCUUUUUGGAAAGGGUUACAUGUUAUACGAUGAAAACUGUUUAGAAAAUUUGGACAGGUUUUAUCGUAUAAAAUGACUCUUAAUUAAAAAGUUGCAUAAAUGGAAAUUCUGCAACCUAUUUUUUCUUUACUUUGCAUUUUUUGUCACAGGGUGACAUGUUAUACGAUGAAUUUGACCAAAAAUUUCUGAGGCAUGUUUCAUCAUAUAAAAUGUCUUAUAAUUUUAAUUUCAGUCCAUCGAAGACAAAUCCUAUACAGAAGCGGCCAAAGAGCCCAACACUCAACACCACGUCCUACAUUUACUCUCCUACCUCCACUUUUUCGAUGUUCCAUCAAAUCACACCACUCCGCUAAGUCAAAACGAAUUUAACCUCCCAAUCCAAGUGUCUCUAGAGCCCUUCGAUGACUUUAAACGGCUCUGCAGAGAAAGAAUUAACGCAUAA